AUGUCAACGAACUCGGCCGCAACGGCAAAGGCAACGACACAACCCACGUUUCCUCACUUCACCCGCCUCCCCCCGGAACUGCGCAUUCUAAUCUGGCACGCAGCCCUCCCCGAAAAAGACAGCCCAGCCCUAAUCUUCUUCAAGAAAGGCUGUUGGCUCGAGCGACGCCUCUCCGAAACCGAACAGGGAUACGACCCCACCGAUCCAUCCCACCCACACUUCUACUUUAGUCCUGAGCUACUAGACCAAGUGGAAGUCAAUGUCCCACUGUUCUUCGUCAACCGCGAAGCGCGCAGUAUCGCUCUAGCCUGGUGUCGGGAGCAAGGUAUCUCAGUCCGCUUCUCCGGCAACCAACAAUCUCCAAUCUUUGCGCGCCCGUUCAACUCACAGCACGACGUGCUGUACGUCCCGCUCGAGCAAUGGGACGAGUUCCUCGUCGAGCCGUAUGAUCAGAUGUUUAGGCUCGACCACUGUUUCAGCUCAUACGCACUGGAGGUGGGUGGCAUAGCUGUGCCCGAGGCGCAGGUCUAUAGCAACCCCUCGGUACUGCAUGAUCUGUUCAAUUGGCCCUAUUGGCCGGCAGUGCUGUAUGUCGUCGUUGACCCACCGCUGGAUCUGCGGUUGGAGUACGCAGAGCUAAAUAUCCAGCGGCGGUGGGACAUUCAGACCCGGCCGGGUCGGUCAUUGUUCUAUACUUGGAAAGACGGCCGUGGUAGCUUUGAGGACGGCGUCAGUGAGCAUUCUGCUCAUGAAGUCUUGUACGAGCGGAUCAAGGAGGCUAGUAAAGGGCUGGGUGAAGGGAUUACAUUGCACAAUGUCCGUAGCUUUGAGGUACGGCCUGUCUGUGCCGUUCGAAAACAGGGAAGUACAUAG